CGUUCAUCAUUCAUCUCAGUGCGCGUGAGUGAGAGGUAGCAGGCGGAGUGCGAGUCCUGCUGACACCACAAUAUUAGUCUGAACCUCGACUCCUACACAUUCAGGAUACAUUUGGAUUAUUAAACAUUUCGUCUUUCACCAGUCCAGAUACGACAGCGUCUGUCCUCCGUGAGCAGGUGCUGGAGAGGGCCAGGAAGUCAGCGCUGACGGUUUGGUGCAAUAGGGCGCAGCGGGGGGGGCAGAGAGGCGAGCGCAUGAGGAGAGGGCGUCCUGAGACCCCCAUCUCCACCGCUCGCACACACAAGUUCACGGACACACCGCGUCUAGCAGCCCUCCAGCCGCCAUGAGGUCUAUUCGGUCUUUCGGGAACGAUGACCGUCACGUCAUGGCCAAGCACUCCACCAUCUACCCUUCCUCUGAGGUCCUGGAGGCAGUGCAGAGCCUUGUUUCUACCGUGGAGUGCGCCCUGAAGCAUGUGUCUGAUUGGAUGGACCAAAGUCAAGCCAGCCAAUCAAAUCAAACAAAUUCAUCCAGCACACAGGAGGAGGAGACCGAGGCCAGCGCCGAUGAAUCUCCAGAAGGCAGCACAAAUGAGGGCAGCAGCUGUAGCAGUGGUCCCAGUGAAGGAGGGGUGUUAUGUGGAGUGAUGAGGAUCGGUCUGGUGGCCAAAGGCCUCCUGAUUAAAGAUGACAUGGACCUGGAGCUGGUGCUCAUGUGCCGAGAGAAACCCACCAAUACACUGCUGUGCACCGUCUGUGACAACCUCCCGCUGCAGAUCGAGAAAUUGACAGAGGAGAAGUAUGAGGUACAGAGCUGUAUUCCAGAGGCCGCCAUCUUGGUCUGUACCACGACAGAGCCCAAACUCACGCUGAAGGUGACGCUCACCUCCCCGCAGAUGAAAGAUGAUUGUGAGACAGAGGAGCAAGAGAGCGUUGAGUCGAGCGAGCCGGCGGACCUGUUGGAUAGACAGAGGUGCCUGGUGGCGUUGGCCUCUCUGCGACAUGCCAAAUGGUUCCAGGCUAGAGUUAACGGCCUAAAGUCAUGCGUGAUCGUCUUACGAAUACUGAGAGACAUGUGCAAUAGAGUCCCAGCGUGGGAACCUCUGAAAGGAUGGCCUUUGGAGUUAAUAUGCGAAAAGGCCAUCGCCACAUGUAACAGACCUCUGGGAGCUGGAGAGGCUCUGCGCCGGGUCAUGGAGUGUCUCGCCUCUGGCAUACUGCUUCCAGGUGGACCAGGCCUGCAUGAUCCCUGUGAGAAGGAGCCAACGAACACACUGUCGACCAUGACAGAUGAAGAGGCAGAGGCCGUCACGUACAAUGCACAGCAUGCUCUGCGACUCAUGGCCUUUGGGCAGAUCUAUAAGGUCUUAGAAAUGGACCCUCUCCCCUCAAGUAAACCUUCACAGAAAUUCCCCUGGUCAGAUAAAGAAGGUCUAGGGCUGAAGAGACCUUAUGAAGAUGGUCUGCUGGACGACAAAGACCUCAUCAAGAAGAUGAAGCGCAACCUGAGAAAAGCAGUUCUUGACAGUAAAGCAAUAGACUCAAAUCAACCCAUGAACGCUCUGAUGCGCUUGAACCAGAUCCGGCCGGGGCUGCAGUAUAAACUGCUGUCUCAGUCAGGUCCGGUUCACGCCCCCGUCUUCACCAUGUCUGUAGACGUCGACGGCACUGUCUACGAAGCCUCUGGCUCCUCUAAGAAGACCGCCAAGCUGCACGUGGCUGUAAAGGUGCUACAGGCGAUGGGUUACCCCACAGGCUUCGACACAGACCUGGACUCCAUGAGUGCAGAUGAGAAGUCAGACGGGGAGGGCAAGAGCGAAUCGUCCACACACUCAAGCAAUAACAAUUCACACUCAGACAGCUCCAACACGUUGGAGGUACGAACUCAGGGUCCUAUUUUGACGGCCAGUGGGAAGAACCCGGUCAUGGAGCUCAAUGAGAAACGUCGCGGGCUGAAGUACGAGCUCAUCUCAGAGAGCGGAGGGAGUCACGAUAAACGCUUUGUCAUGGAGGUGGAAGUUGAUGGACAGAAGUUCCGCGGCGCAGGGCCCAAUAAGAAAGUAGCCAAAGCCAGCGCUGCCCUCGCAGCUCUAGAGAAACUCUUCUCCGGGCCUAAUGCUGCUGGCAACAAGAAGAAAAAAAUAAUCCCUCAGAGUAAAGGGGCAUUAGCUGCAGCUGCUGCUGUGUCUGCCGCUGCAGUCCAGGCCGCACGAGGGCGAGGAAGACCAACCCUCACGCGAGGAGCCUUCGUCAGUGCUGCGGCAGCACCAGGAUACGUCACGCCAGGCUUUGGAACCCCAUACGGGUACAGCGCUGCGGCCGCCACUCCUGCAUACGGUGGUCUUUUCAUUGACAAUCCCUUUUACCAGCCGCGGACCAUCGCUCCUUUUUUUAUUCACUUGGGUCCUCAAGAUCUCUUCUCUGACUUCUAGAACCAUCAGGUUGUGUGGCUCUAAACUGUCGUACCACUCCAGGCAUGACCAGGCUGUCUCCACCGCACAGAAACGGCCCAAACUUCAUUCACAAACCCAUCCAAACCCAAUCUAAGGAUCCAAAAAUGCACCACUCUUACAAAAGCAAUACUCUAUUUGACUUGCUCGUCCCGAAAACCGGCCGGGGACCUCGGUUCCUCCUUAUAUAGCAAUACACUUGAACUCUUUUGAGCUUUAAGCUUACUUGAGAUGUGAAUGUUCGGUUGAGUCUUACUCAAACUUGGCAUUGCAAUAUAGUCAUUUUCAUUGUAUAUUCACCACAUGUGUAUGUGUGGCUAUAUUAUAAAUACAUGCAUAUAUAUGUAUGGUCUAUGGCACUAUAAAUAUAUAUGUGUAGAUAUACCGAUGUACUUAUGUAUAUUUAUAUGCAGUAUAUAUAUAUAUAUAUAUACAUAUACAUAUUCUUGGUAUUAAUUAUUUUAGAAUUGGAAAGUGAUAUGUAACCAUUAUACUAGGAUAUAACUUUCUUCCAGUUUUAUAUAUACAAUAUACAUAUAUAUAUAUAUAUAUAUGCUAAGCAAUUUAAAUUAUUACUCGUAAAUUAUUCUUGUGAAAAUGCAAUAUGAAAGCCCUUUUCUUAAUCUACCUGCAGUAGAUUAGUAAUGCUUCCUUCUCACCGACUCGAGCGGCUUCGCCGUGUCUUUUCGUCAGAUCUGCGCGAGUGUGUUUUUGCUCAGUCGACCAAAGUCUGGCGUUCUGGUUGGGUUAAGAGGUCCUCCUCCAAACAUCUGGCCACCGUGCCGCCUACAUCCACACCUCACAAGCGUACACGCAGGUUUUUCUAAAGCACAUUCGACGGCAGAUUUGUUUACUCUUUCUGGCCGUUGACUGGGGUGCAUACUCGUACACGUCAUCACGGUAUGAGGGGCAGCUAGUGUGACCCGGUCACUCCUCACUUCUCCCUGCAAAAGCACAGGCGGCUCACUUUAAUGCGGCAUAGGUGGCCCUUCAUUUGCCUUUCCAUUCAUUCUGUCAUUCGUACUUCUCAGGCCUGUUUCACAUUGCACACAAAAGUGGCACAAAUCUGGACAUAUUUCAGUGCCCGUGUUACAGCAUUCACAUUGCCUGCACAAUCAGCAUGACUUUAGAUAGCAGAAGCGUAGCUGCAAGUUUCUGUGCUGUGCCUGUUCUUGAGGAAAACAUGUUGAAAAUGUGCUAUAAACCUAUUUAUCAACACAAUAUUUAGCAUUAAAAGCUUUUAUACAGUGACACAAACGGGAGUUUCUAUUCAGUAAAUCUGACUGAAUCCAGAUCAUUGAAGCGGUUUAUAGCUAAACUUUGUGUUUGGGUUCAGUUCGGUAGAAUAAUUUUCAUUUGGAUGUAAAGUAAUACAUUUUCACUUUAUUCACAGUAUAAUUUCACAGUAGCUAACUCCCAACAGCUAUUUAAUAAAUUAUGGUUGUUAUUGAAAGAGAUGCUCAAUUUAGUAACCCAGAAAUCACUAUCGCAGUACUAUCAGUAGUACCGCAGUUCAGCAGAAACGCUGUGGGUGUGAAAGCGCAACGCAUGUUUUACCGCCGCUUGCGCGUGUUGUGAAACAGGCCUUGGGUUAAUGCAGCAGCGAGCAGUCGCUUUUUACUUUUUUGCGUUUUUCUUCAGCAGGUCUGUUGUAGCGCAACUUUAGGCCAACUAAUUAAUAACAGCACUCAAAAGACUCCCAGAUACCAACCACAGAGCACAGUAAUGGGAAUAAGCUUGAUGAUAUAAUUUUAUCUGUGCUUUAUUCAGAUUUGAAGCUAUUUAAAGAACCAUCUUACUGUCAGGACUGUAGCGUCUGAAUGCUUAUCGUUAAGUAACGAAAGUAAUUUUUUAUAUAAAAAUUUCCUUCACUUGUUAGCUUCACAUGUAUAAGAGUAGAUAAUUCAACCAAUAUCACUAGGAAUGUAUUGAUGUUUGUAUGUCAAAAUAGUUUUGAUAUUUUACUGUGCUUUCAGUAACCAAUUGAAUGUUAAAAUUUCUCACCAAAACCCAAAUGUAUAAGGCAAAAAAAAAAAAAGGAAAAAGAAAAAUUGGAUUUCACAAUAACAGGACACAACUGAUAGACUUUACCACCCAGCUCACAUAUACUGUAUACUGAAUGUGUCCCCUUAUAUAAAUUUCCCCACGUAUUUAGUCAUAUUUUAGCUGUUGUGUUUGAAUGUGAAAUAUUGUAGCUCUCAAAUAGGAAAAGAUGGGAUAUAAUCACAGACAUACUACAGAAUAGUAAUAGUACAGUAUAGUUCAAUAAAAGCAAUAGUACAACAUGCAUCAUAUGAUAGUAACAGUUUAAACGCAUUUGUUUCUCAUAAUGUACUUUUCGUUUUAAAUUUUUUGGAACAUUUUUGAAAACAAAUUCAUUUUUCUGUUCCCCAACCAGACGAGACUUCGGUCAGUUUUGAAUUAGAGCUGGUAAGUCUUGUAUGGGUAAGUUUUGUAUGGGAAUGCAAUAGAGAUUUGAGAGAAAAGCUCAUCAAAAGACAAAACAUUAGAUGGCCUUUAUUUUUCUUUGAGCUUUAUGAAUGAUCGUCAAACACACAAGCCCCUUUCCUCGAUCUGACACCACACCAGCAUUUUGCAGUUCAAAAGACUCACAACUGGGUGUUAACACAAUUAACGUUAUAUUGAGUUAGUAAAACAGAGGGCUAACAAAUUGUAGCAAAGAAUGUUUUCAUUUUUGCAUUACGUCGAUUCAAAGUCUUCCAUGAUAUGUGUCUAAUCAGUUUGCAGAGCAUAAAACUCAUUGAUGAUUAAAGUCAACAUGAAAUCAAAAUUGACGUUCCCUAGAUUAUUAUAAACGAUUCAUCACUGUAUGUUAAACACUUCUGUUUUUUUUUUUCAUCAAACUUUAAUAAAAUAAAUGCCUCUGCAAUGACUUUUGCUGAUGUCAACAAUCCCUCUUAUUUUUCAGCCCCUCUCCUCUAAUCAUCUUGCUGGCUUAAAUGUAACGCUCAUUUUCAUAAUCCAAUCAAUUCCCGAUGUAAAACAUUCUACCUUAGCAAUUUCAAAACAGGAAUAAUUAGCGGGAGAAAAACAGUAUUUCAUUUGAACGUACAUAAUGUUGUUUACAGAUGUGAGUUUAGAAUGUCAAUACAUGUUGACUUUAACCAAGAUUAGCACAAUGAUUUCCCACACUCACAAAUGUGCUGUAAAAUAUUACGUGUUUCAAAGCAAUGUCUCAUAGUCAACAAAGAUAUUACAGGGAUGUUUCAUUAAUCCAAAUAUACAAAUCCAGCAUAAAAGCCAUAUGGGCUGUGUUUACACUGCAAGUCUUAAUACACAAAUCAGAUCUUUUCACCAUAUCCGUUUUUUUUGUCCCGCCUGUAUACAUUUGACUGGUAUCCGAUAUCUGUGUUUACAUUAAUCCCCGCCCAAAAUUAUUCUGUUGGUGAUCGCCUUAUGCGACAUGGUCGACGCUCUGGUUUUGAAUGGCCAUGUUAUUAAAAUGAUUUUAUAAUUCAAGUCGGGUGGCCAUGAGUACUUGCCAGCGUGGAUAAACUGUCGUGGAUGUUUGCGGCACAAAAUCUGACUGAAUGGAUAUAAACCAGAAAAUAAUGGUAAUUUUUGUUUAUUUUAUUUACGGUUUAUUUAGAUCUAUAAUUGUGAAUUGUGAAUAAAGUAGUGCGGAAAGAUUGUGAAUUACCCACGUCUGUACAGGCAACCCUAUCUCAUGACCAAUUCGUACGUAUUUUACGAGGUGGCUAAUUCGUACGACCUCACUCGUAGAAAAUUCGUACGAUUUGUCUAAACCCCAGUGACAGGUAGGGUUUAGGGCCGGGGUUAGGGGUAGGUCAUUCGUACAAAUUCAUACGAAUUUGGCAACUCGUAAAAUACGUACGAUUUAACAAAAAUUGCACAAAUUUGUACAAGUGAGGUCAUACAAAUUAGCCACAUUGUAAAAUAUGUACGAAUUGCCGUGAGAUAGGGUUGGUACAGCGUUUAAUAGUGAAGUUGUGAGUUUAAUUACAAAAACAGCAAAGUUAUCAUCUCGUGGCUGAGAAAUACAGUGUAGCUUUCAGUAGAGAAGCGGUUUUAUUUAUACAAUUCAUGAGGCAGAGGUUGAAAACACGUUUCUAUGCUCCAUGUCUGCUUCAUAAUACAACAUUAAAAAGCUAUCUGUGUUGGCAAACUUGUUGCCCUCGCCUUGUGGGAAAUCCAAGGGGAAUCGAAUUUACAUGUUUAGACAUAGGUCAGAUUUCCAGAUAUCAGAUUUAAAACCACAUUUGGAAGUGGUUCAGAACGGAUGCGAAAAAUCGGAUCUCAUGCUGAUUUUUGUGUUUACACGUGCAAUAAAUUCCGAUGUGUGUCAGAUGUGAGCAAAAAAACUGAUUUUUCUUGUGCCAGUGUAAACGCAGCCAUAGUCCGUCUUUAUAAACGUCAGAUGUAGCUGCAUUGUUGCUGCAGUGCUUAAAAAGCAUCAAAAUCUUCUCCUGAAGUGCAAAUAUGUCUCUCUUCAUGCCAGCCUGCUUCCCCAGGUGGCAUCGACAGCCAGAUGGUGUUCAUAAAUAUGUUGUGAGGACUCAAAUUUUUGUUCAGUUUAGAUUUUAAUUCUGCUUAUCAAAGUCGAGCGGAGCUCAUCAGCUGUGUUUGAAUCUCAGUGGUCUAUCGUAGGGAAAGAUGGGAGAAGACAUUUGCACAGCUGUAUCCCUUGUGAAAUUAAGUGUUGAGGUGAUGUAUGAAAUAAAAUUCCAAUAAAAGACCCAGAGAGGCUUCAGAUCCACAAGAGAACGUCUGAUUAAAAUAAACCAGGCUUGAUUUCCUGCGAGCCAUUAAAAGUUUUUCCGAUUCUGUUUGGCGACUCCUGUAUGAUGUCACAGCUUGUGGGCGGGGCCACACGAUACACAUAAGAUUGUGCAUGACUUUCAUAGGCUCUACUCGGGUAGAUGUCAAAUGCAACUUUCCAGAUAUGGCAUCCGCUUCUGCUGCCAUGACGCAGCAGUUAACGUAUGUGCUACCCGAUGCGUAUGUGAGUAAUGCAGGUUCAAGUCCCCAGUGUCUUCACUUUCUCUGUCCAAUACAGUAGAAAAAUUAAGCUCUUAAAUUAAAAAGAAAUCUAGAUUGAAAUCACAGUAUUGGCAGUGAAGGUUUGAUUGGACUGCCUCUGACAGAACAAACACCUCAUUUAAAAUCUGUUGUCCAAACACCAUAUAUUUUUGUUUCAUUUAAUAGGUAAUGACUAGAUUAACUGAUUUUAAAAGAAAUUUAGCAUUUUUCCUUUAGUACUCUCACUUUGCAAUAGAUUGAUAGCCAUUAGAUUAGAGACACUUUAUAACGUUGGUGCUUUAUCAAUACGAGUAGGCUACUUCGGUUUUUGAUGACUCUUAAUUAUUAAAGAAUUAAGUGGUGGAAUAUUUAUCCUGUCGCAAAGGAAAGGGACUUGUGUGUGGCACUGGAAAGCUGGAAAUUCAAUUUGCGAGCUUGCGAUACAAGUACAGAAAUAAAGAUCCAGUUUCAGAAUGAGCAAGCUUUGCAAAAUGAAUUGCUGAAGUGAAUGUUUUCUUCAUGUCUCCGAUCUCCCCUUGCAUAUUAGCCGGGGCAGAUGGGGAUGGCCGUCAUUUGAGCUGGUUCACGCGUGAGCCGGGACGCUGAAGUUCCCGUAGACUGAACCAGCAAUAGAGCCAUGUUUAGGUUUGGAAUGUAUUUAUGUAGUAGAAUGUACUUUCAUAGAAGAGCUAACUGCAUCUUUGUAGACACAUCCAAAUACACUGAUAUGAAUUAUUUACCUAUGAUUAAAAAAAAAAAAAAAAAAAAAAAAUUCAUGUGAUUUGUGUGUGUUUUUAUUUUUUUUGGAGGGGUGGGGUGCUUAUGCCCAUUGUUUACGUUUAUUUACUUUUAUUUGUAACUUACGAGCAUAGGCAAAUCCUUGCUUGUGAGCUCUUCCAUGAUUCUGUAAAUACUCCUGAGUCAGACUGCCAAUGAAAGCAGUCUGCGGGAUUCUCAGUUAUCCAUUUCACAAAUUUUAUGUAACUUGACAAAUAUAAACAAAAAAUUAUCUAGAUUUGAGAUAUUAUAAAAGGUAACAAUAUAAUGUGAAGUGGUGAUUGUGCACAACUUAUGUGAGCGAGCAGUGCUUGAACAUGACAGCAGUAGAUGUUUGCUAGCCGUGGUAUCAAAUUAUAAACUAUUAGUUGUGAAAAUACUGGUGGUUUGUCUUUUUGCCAUAAUUUAUGCUUUUAAAAUAAAGUGCUAAAUCUCUAUAAAGUGUAAACUUUUUUUAAAAAAAAUAAAUAAAUGUAUAAAAACUU